AUGAUAUUGAUAAAUUUGAAAUUGCGUUAUAUUUUAUACAGAAAACAUAGAAGAAAUUCAAAUAAUGAAAAUUUGGGUGAUUCAGAAUUUGACGAAACUAAUCAAAAAGUAAAUGAGGUUGAUAAUUAUCUUGAUGAAAAUAUCACGGAACAAGCAGGACCCAAUACUGACACUUUUGAGUGGUGGAAUGAGAAUUUCCUAUAUCGGCAAUAUUAG